AUGGAAACUAACGGUUUGGUUGAAGCUGUCUCAAAGAAGAACUCUUUAGCAUCAAUUAUAAACCAAAACGACACUCCUAUUUCUACCGAGCCUAUCGAUGCUAAAGAAACCAUUAAUACUAAUGCCGAUACCACACUAAAUACAGAUACCAAUACUGAUCUCAAUGCAAAUCCCAACAUAACCAGUGCCAAUAGCAACAGCAAUGACAAUAGCAACAGCAAUAGCAAUAACAAUAGCAACACAAAUGCAGAUACAGUCAUCAAUACUAAUGCCAGUAAUAGCUCUGAAAAAUUGCUUAUCCCAACCAGCAACAGUAUUAAUACCAGAGAGGAAAACGGUUCUGUUCAAAGAUCGUCAGCAAAGAAAAAAGAUGUUCCUCCCAGAAAAAGAACAAAAGUUUCAAGAGCCUGUGAUCAAUGUCGUCGGAAAAAGAUACGAUGUGAUGGUCUGUUUGAUCAAUCAAGUAAUAGUGCAACCAAAUCUUGCUCUACUUGUCUUAAAGCCAAUGAAAAUUGCACCUAUGUUAGAACCCCUUUAAAAAGAGGUCCCUCAAAAGGUUAUUCAAGAGAUUCUGAAGAUUUGCUGUCUAAAAAUAUCAAUAACAAUCACAAUCACAAUCACAACCAUAGUUUUAAUCUGAACCACAGCUUCAACCCUUCUCACCCUUCAAACUCAAAUUUUCAGUUUCAUCAAGAACAAAUACUGUCACAAAGACAACCACCACAACCGCUUUUAUUAUCUCAACAACUGCAACAACAACCGCAAAACUCUCUUCCAUCUCAACCUUCUUUUCAACCUAUCCAACAUCAAAACAAUCCUCUACAACCCUCAACACAAAAACAGUUGCCAGCAUCAUCUACUUUACCUUUAUCCAAUAAAAACCCUAUACUGCUACCUCCCAUAAGUACACUUACUUCCCAAACUUCUUUCACAAGAAAUCCAACUAAUUUUCCUUCUGCUUUUCAAUCACAAAUCCAUUCCCAUCAUUAUCCCGAUCAAUUUUCUGACCAAUUUUCCCCUUCUAACUAUCUUGAUUCUGCUUUAUCUAGACCACGCUCCCAAUCUGGUUCAAUAAUUAAUAACAACUCUACCGAUCCAAGAAUUCCUAACAUUUCCAACCCAGAUUUUCAAAAUUCCUCUUCUGGAAACUUUUGGAAGGUUCCCUAUAACCUUCCUUUUGAAAAAAGAAACAUGUCCUCAGAUUCUUUUAACAGCUAUAAUACUCCAAAUAAUAACGACCACAACAAACAAUUUAACAAUUUGAAUCCUGGAUUCACUAAUUUUAGAUCCACUAAUUUUAGAUCCACCUUCAGUGGUGGUUUUAAUGAUUCCACGAUGAAUUCAGAUUCAGAGGAUUCGGAUUUUAUUUCAAGAAGUAGACAAAGAAAAACUCCCUCUAUAAAUAAUAGCCCAAGAAAUUCGUUUUCUCAAGAAAGUACUGUAGCAAGAAAUAUUGGAAUUACAGCAAGCCCUGCUGGUUCAAUAUCAAGUCUAUCCAGUUUAAAUCAAGGAACCAGAAAUUUAGAAAUAAGAAAUUCUCCCACAAAAUAUUUCCCUCAACUGCCUAUAUUUUCCAAUUCUUCUGAUGUUUCUUUCAACAUUCAACAAUCUCCAUCAAUACAAUCUCAAAACCAAAAUCAAAAUCAAAAUCCUUAUGAUCCUUCAAAAUCUCACAAUUCUCAUUUUUUAGCUCAGCCUCAGCCGAUUCCAAAAUAUAACGAUAUUAACCCAAAUACAAACACAAAUGCAAAUGCAAAUGAAUUGAAAAAUAAUUUAGAUCUAUAUUAUGCUACUGUUCACAAAAGUAUACCCAUACUACCAAUAAAUAGAAAUGCUUUUGACUAUAUUUUAUCACAUGCUCAGACCCUUGAAUCAAAAGAAGUAAUUAUUAAUCUUUUUGAUACUGUUCUUCAAUUUCUAAUUAGUUAUUUGAGCAAUGAUGAUCAGAAUUUAAUAGCCAAUACAUUUACACCAAGCUCGGCUUUAAUGAGAAGUAGUUUUACAAAUAAACCUUUGAUGAUUAAAGAAAUAAUCCAUCCGUUGUUUACAAAAGUAUUCCAAAUUCAUAAUAUGAUAAAUCCAGUUGAUAUAAAUCAUCUAUCCAGUGAAGAGCAGAAAGAUAAUGCAAUUGUGACUGUUUUCUUGUUAUUUACUAUUAAUCUAAUUAAUUUUAUUAUCAUAAAAGCGGGUGAAGAGUAUUCAUCAUCUUUUAGCUUGUCAUUUACAAUAUUAAAUAGUUCGAGAAUUCAUCGAAAUAUAAAAUCAUUAAUCAAAACAAAAAAAAGCCUUGAGAAAAAUUUUUCUAAAUUGGAUACAAUAAAUUUCAAUCAAAUAAUGGAAGCAAUUGAUGUUGAUAAUGUUGACCAUAUCAAAUUACUCCUAAUGAGGCUAUAUGUUGACUCUGUUGUUUUAGAAAAUAUAUAUUCUCUAUCGUUUGGAUUCCAAAGAAUGUUUGGAGGGAUGAAAAUAGAUUCAGACAUAGUCAAAUUACUUCUACCGGUCAAUCAGAAUGAUCUCAACUCUUCUACCUCUCAUUUAGAAGUUGGAUUGAUUCUUUGUGAAAUUAAUGAUAAAAUUAAUUGUAAUGAAGAAUUCCAAUCUUUGAAAAACUAUACUUGUGAACAAACAGAAAAUGUUGAGAACAAUAUUGCGUUCUUGUUUUUUACAAUGAUCAAAGUAAAAUUAGAGCUAGUGGAAGUUUUGAAACAGUGCUCAAACAUAGAAAUUGAUUCUCGCAAAAACGGGAAAGAAGAUCUUGAAGAGCUUGUUCAGGAAUAUCAAUCAAAGCUUCAUAGAAUUUGCAAAAGGCUAAUUUCCACAAUAUCUUCUUUGUUGAAAAUAUUUUCAGACAGGGAAAGGUCUUUAUUAGAAAAUUCAAAAAUAAAUAAAAGAGGCAUCGAUCCUAUCCAAUCACCCUUUUUGCCAUUGAUUUUUAAACAAUCCAUCAAACUUAAAAAUGUAAUUCAAAUAAUCACUAACUCUAUGGAUUUUAAUAAGGAGUUACUUAGCCGCUCAUCAAAAAUAUUUAAUGAUAUAAUAGCCAUAAAUGAUAGCUUACCACUAAUCAAGCCAUUCAGUGAAUCACCUAACUAUACUGUUACUAAUUCAAAAAUUAAUAAUUAUCUAUUUGAAAUCAAAUCCUCAGAUCUUAACGAGCUUUUGGAGUACAAUAAAAGCGCUGGUGAAAAAGAUAUAACCAAAGUUGUAGCACUUUGGAAAAAUGUGGUCUUAGACAUCAGAAAGUUUCUCAAAAAAGAUGAUGCAAAAGGAUGGUUGUAUUAG